AUGGUCCACCUUUCUGCCCUCUCACUCGUCGCCCUCGCCGCCGCUUCGGCCUCUGCUGCGCCCGCUCAGGUGCCCGGAGGCAAGGCGGUCAAGCAGCCCAGCCACUUCACGUCGGCCUUUUCCACUCGCGCCGUGCCAGGCGACGUCAUUGCCAGCACCGGUAGCCCAGCGCCUGGACAGCCCAACGCCUUUGGCCACUUUGGCUUCAAGAUCAACUCGGAGCAGGACAUCAUCUGCUGGGACAUCCGUACCGUCAAUGUGACCGGUGAAUACCAGUCCCCCGCCGUCACGGCUACGCACAUCCACGCUGGUGUCAAGGGAGCAGCGGGACCGCCGAGACUCGCCUUUCCCAACCCCCAGUUCGUGCGCACCGACUCAACGGGCGCCGAGGUGCGCGAGUCCAAGGGCUGCAUGCAAGGUCCCUUCACCACGGGCGUCCAAGCCAACGGCGCCGACUCCGGUACCGCUUCGGGCUUCUCCCUUUCUCUCAUCGAGAAUGACCCCAGCAACUUCUUUGCCGACACGCACACCGCCCAGUUCGUCGCUGGCGCCGUGCGCGGUCAGCUC